AUAAAUAAAGGAAAUGAAACUAGGCUUUUCUCUGAGGGGUGCUCUGUACAAAUUAAUCAAGCAUGGCUCCCACAACAGGUUCAAUGCUUGAAAGGGGGAUGAGCCUGAAAAUUGGGCAGUCUCCCCGGAGUAAGUGCCCACCUCCAUUUCUAUCCAAAACGUAUGAUAUUUUGGAGGAGGAAGAAGAAGCUAUAGCAAAUGGGCAAAGGAUUGUUUCAUGGAAUUCUGAGGGCAAUGGUUUUAUUGUAUGGAAUACUGCUGAGUUUUCUGAGGUUAUGUUGCCCAGAUAUUUCAAGCAUAAUAACUUUUCGAGCUUCAUUCGACAGCUAAAUACCUAUGGAUUCAAGAAAACAGCGUCAAAACGAUGGGAAUUUCAGCACGAGAAGUUCCAGAGAGGGUAUAGGCAUCUGCUUCGGGAGAUUACUCGAAAGAAAUGUGAGCCAAGCGCCUUUCCUGCAUAUCUUAAAGCCUCCGAAGAACACAAAUCAACAACCUUGGAUGGAAAUGCUCGGUUGCUAAUGGAGGAGAACAAGAACCUGAGAAGAGAGAGAUUGGAACUGCAAAUGCAGCUUGCUCAUUUCAAGACACUGGAAGUUAAGUUAUUGGAAUGCCUUUCUCAGUGCAUAAGCAGCCAUGGUCACCAAAGCAAAGUUCCCAGGCCAUGUUAGAAAUAGGAGGGAGGGAGGUACGAAGUCGAGUUCAGUCUAAUCCACAACAUGCCCUGAUUAAGAUAAUUCUAAUUAAGUUUUUGACAUGCCUAUGGUUGGGGUCCUCUUUCUUUCAUGAUUCCCGUUUCUUUUAUAAAUUUGAUUUCUCAAGACAGAACAAAGCAGCAACCGGAAUUUCAUGAUUUCACUGUUCUUAAAUCUUAAUGUAUGAUAAUACUGUUGUUAUGCAGAAUUUUCCGGAUCAA